CCGGCCCCGUGCCGGGCCCCGAGCACACCCAGGCGGGUGUGAGCAGCGCGGGGCCGCCCAGCGCGGAGCCCGGCCCUCGCCCGGCACCGCGGCCGCGGGAGCGCAGCGUCGCGGGGAGCAGCAGCAGGAUACCUCUGCCUGGGACAGCCCAGCGCUAUGGCAGACCCUCCCGGCUGCGGCCGGCCCUGCGCCACGUGCCUGCUCUGCCUCUACAGCUGCCAGUGGAUCACUGCCAAGAAGGAGAAGAGGAAGGGCCUGAGAACCACCAAGUGCGACUGCAGCUGGUUCCUUUUCCUCUUCUGCGUCUUCCUCUUCACACUGGUGUGGCUGUACUUCGCCAUCAUCAUCCUCAAUGAUUUCCACAACUUCAAUGAGUUCAUCUUCAAGCAGAGGAAGUUGUGGCUGGACUGGUCCCUGGUCCUGCUCACAGCCACGGCUGUGCUGAUCACCUACUCUGCCGUGCUGCUGGUCCUUGCUCUGUGCUUGCAGCUCUGUGGCCAGCCCUUGAAGCUACACUGGCUGCACAAGACCCUGCUGAUCCUCACUGCCCUGGUGGUGGCUGCAGCCUUCACAGGACUGGGAAUAAAGUGGGCGGAGGAGUGGAGAAGUGCACGUACCUCCCUGCAGGCAACAGGUCCCUUCCUGCACAUUGGAAUUGUGGGGGGAAUGACGCUCCUUGCCUGGCCUCUGGCCAGCUUCAUCUACCGUACCCGCAAGACAGGUCUCAAGGUGUUUCUGCUGAUUCUGUAUUGCAUGGUGAUGAUCGUGCUGUACCUGGCUCCCCUGGGGAUCACCUCCCCUUGCAUCAUGGAGGAGAACCAGCUGCCCCCCAAGCCAGCCCUGGUUGGCCACCGAGGAGCACCCAUGCUGGCCCCCGAAAACACCCUCAUGUCACUGCAGAAGGCAGUGGACUGCAACGUGCAAGUCUUUGAGACAGACAUCAUGGUGAGUGCUGACGGGGUCCCAUUCCUCAUGCAUGACGAGGAACUCACCAGGACCACCAACGUGCAGGAUGUGUUCCCUGAGAGGGCUGCCCUGAACAGCACCGCCUUCAACUGGACAGACCUGCAGCAGCUGGAUGCGGGCAGCUGGUUCCUGGAGCGGAGGCCGUUUCCCACCGUGCAGAGUCUCUCUGUGGGCGAUCGCUACCGAGCAACUAAACAGAGGAUCCCGUCCCUGAAGGAGGCGCUAGAGGCAGCCAAGCAGAGCAACCUCUCCAUCAUGUUCGACCUCCGCCCCGAGAACCACAGUGACUACCAGAGCUUCGUCAAUGCCACCCUGGAAGUGAUCUUACAGUCGGGCAUCCCACUGCAGCAGGUCCUCUGGCUGCCGGAUGGGUUCAGGGAACAGGUCAAACAGCAAGCCCCAGACAUUCAGCAAGUUUACGGACGGAAGAGACUCCAGGAUGAGAAGGAGCCACUGCUGCAUGUCAAUCUGCCCUACCAGGACAUGAGCUUUGAGGAGAUCAGGCAGUACCACCAGGACAACAUCUCUGUCAACCUGUACGUAGUGAACCAGCCCUGGCUCUUCUCAGUGCUGUGGUGCUCUGGGGUCAGCUCUGUCACCACCAAUGCCUGCCAGGUGCUGAAGGAGAUGAAACGCCCGAUCUGGCUGCUUCCCAGCAGCACAUAUCUCAUGAUCUGGGUUGUUGUGGACUGCGCUUCCUUCCUCGCCAUCCUCUGGGCCUUCUUCUUGCUCAAGAAAUGCUCGCAGAGAAGGCGGCCAGCGGAGUCCGAGACAGACGUGCUGCUCACAAAGAUCAACAGCUUGAUGCAGGAGUGAUCCCGCAGGGCUCCUACAGUGGGGGGCAGCCAGAGCCCUGCACCGCUGCGGUGGGGAGCAUCCCUCAGGCCAAUUCGAGGCUCCUUUCCUUCGCAGGCUCCUUCCUGAGGCUCCCAUCCCCUGUAGUCUUCCUGGCUCCUUUCGUGGUGCACAGCUGCCCUCAGCUGAAAAGGCCUGGAAGUGGGUUCCCAGUUCCCACAGGCAGUGAGAACUGGAGUCUUUGCAGAGGGUUCCUGGGGCUGGCUUGUGCCUGGGGGCUGAGCACUCAUCCAGCGGUGCUGGGGCUGAGACUUCUGCACUGGCCUUUGGAGACUGGUGGGGGUUUGGGGGUCUGAGUCACUAUUUGGUGCAGGGGAAGGGCAGCCUCUGCCUGUCAUCAGCAGCUCUGCAGAGAGGUGGUGGAUGCACCAUCCCUGGAGCAUUCAUGGCCAGGCUCGAUGUGGUUCUGAGCAGCCUGGUCUAGUUGAAGAUGUCCCUGCUCAUUGCAGGAUAGCUGAGCUGUGAGGGUCCUUCCAACACAAACCAUUCCAUGAUUCUAACUCUGCAGCCAGCAAUAGGAAACCUUGUUUGAAGUGCUGCUCCUGGGGGCUGCCCUGCCCUUGGCUUGAGGAAUGGGACGGGGGGGUUGGGGGUAGUUUUUCACUAGCUGGAGGGGAGCUGAGCCCUGCACACCCUUGUGCUGCACACAAGUUUUGCCCCUGCUGUUGGCUUCAUGCUUGCACACCAGGGUGCUGGCAUCCCAUGUAGCACUUGGUGCCUGUUGCUGUGUGGGGAAGGGAGCAGGGGCUGGGGCUGAGCAGGGGCUGGGGCUGGGGGGACCACAGUCACGGUCCUGCUACCCCAAGGCUGCGGGGAUGGGCAGGGAGGGGAGUGGUGGGGCUCAGGACUGAAGCAGGGCCUGGAGCUUGGGAAGGGGGUCGGGUCAGUUUUACUUGUUUGUAUUUAUGUCAAUAAACCGGCCAAGUGCCAGCCAGCGCCUG